AUGGAGACAGCACCUGACAACACGGCCCCAAGGUCCAUGGACUCACUUUCCAAAAGAUCUUACAGCCAACCCGACCACACUGUGACCUACAGUGGUGGCGACCACACUGUGACCUACAGUGGUGGCGACCAUACUGUGACCUACAGUGGUGGCGACCACACUGUGACCUACAGUGGUAGCGACCACGCUGUGACCUACAGUGGUAGCGACCACACUGUGACCUACAGUGGUAGCGACCACACUGUGACCUACAGUGGCGGCGACCACACUGUGACCUACAGUGGUAGCGACCACACUGUGACCUACAGUGGUGGCGACCACACUGUGACCAACAGUGGUAGCGACCACACUGUGACCUUCAGUGGUAGCGACCACACUGUGACCUACAGUGGUAGCGACCACACUGUGACCUACAGUGGUGGCGACCACACUGUGACCUACAGUGGCGGCGACCACACUGUGACCUACAGUGGUAGCGACCACACUGUGACCUACAGUGGUGGCGACCACACUGUGACCUACAGUGGUAGCGACCACACUGUGACCUACAGUGGUAGCGACCACACUGUGACCUACAGUGGUAGCGACCACACUGUGACCUACAGUGGUAGCGACCACACUGUGACCUACAGUGGUAGCGACCACACUGUGACCUACAGUGGCGGCGACCACACUGUGACCUACAGUGGCGGCGACCACACUGUGACCUACAGUGGCGGCGACCACACUGUGACCUACAGUGGUAGCGACCACACUGUGACCUACAGUGGUAGCGACCACACUGUGACCUACAGUGAUUCAGGAAAGUUCUUGGAAAAUUCUGGGUUGGAAGUACCUGGUUGA